AUGACUACUCCUGGAAAGAGGCCAGGUACGAGAAGAAAUCGAAAAAUUACUUCAUGUAGAGAAUGUCAUCGUCUCAAACUAAAGUGUGAUCGUGUUUGGCCUUGCUCCAAUUGUAAAAAACGAGGAAUUUCCGAUUUAUGUCCAGAUGGAAUUGUUAUUUCUGUGAGUGAUAAAUUGAUUAAGCUAUUGUUGUCUCGAAUGUCUAAGCUACAAGGUGCUGUCGAGUCUUACGAUAGUAACCAUGAUUCCUUGUUUAUAGCUGAACAUGAUCAAAAAGUUAUUCAUUCUUUGAUUGAAAAAUACAUAGACCCGACAGAGCAACCUCCGCUAUCAUUAUCGUUUUCGGCAAAGACUCAAUCACCAUCAGCGCGGAACCAGUCCGCGGAGUCAAAAAUGGAUGAUACUACUCAGACAUCUUCACCGUCGGGAGAUUCGACGCUUGCAGACGUCUCUCAAAUGCUUGGUCGUCUCAAGAUAGGCUCUCACGGUCAUCUUAAUUAUUACGGUGCUUCUUCUAGUCGAUCUUGUAUCCCUCAAGCAGAUCCAAAUAGUGAAGAAGAGGAUUACUUUGCUCUUCAAAGGUCACUGUUGUAUCCAUCUUCUUCUUCUUCUUCUCUCCUCCAUUGGAGUCACCGCGUUCCUAACGUAUUGAAUCCUACCAAUCUAUGUGAUAUGCUUCCCGUCCCUCAAUUUGCCGUCUGCCUAUUAAAUCUUUAUUUUGACAACGUAGGGUGGAGCUGUCAUGUCAUUCAUCGCCCUUCCUUUGAAAAGGCUCGUCUUAAUUUAUACGCUCAUGAUUCUUCUCGGUCUCCGCCUCAGCCUCACUUCCUUGCCCUUACCUACAUGGUUUUUUGUCUCGGUACCCUAUUCGCGUCUCCUGCAUUAGUAAGGAACAGAAAAUCCCUUGCGCAUGAGUUUUACCUUCGUGCCCAACUGUGCUUUGAUAUCUCAUACUCCUCCUUCGUGCCUUCCGUCGAUGCUGUCGUUUUUCUCAUCCUCAUGUGUCAGUAUUCCUACUUUUGUGAUUGUCUUGAACGUACCAAUUUUGCUUGGAAUUGUGUUGGAACUGCCACCCGUAUUGCUGUUGCCAUGGGCAUGCAUCGUGAUGGCGAGGUUUUUGAGCUUUCCGCGUUCCAGUUGCAUAUGCGUCGAAUGAUUUGGGCAGAGCUUUUGUUUUUGGACCGAAUGCUCUCAAUGAGCUUAGGAAGACCCUAUGCCAUUAGUAAUGAUCAAACUAACGUUUUACCUCCUUCCAAUAUUGCAGACGCUAGCAUCGCGCCAGAUAGCCUAUUCAUUCCAGAACCGUCUCCUUUACGAACUGAAGCUAGCUUUACUAUUGUUAAAGCUAAAAUUUCUAAAUAUUUGGCGAAUGCCCUCAACCGUGCUUUUAAAUUUACUCCUCCUAGUUACUCGGAAGUACAGACUUUAACUAAAGAAUUGUUGGAAGUGGAAAGUGAGCUGCCAGAUUAUUUCUGUGUUACCGACGAUACAAAGAAUGCCUCGCCAGUCAUAAUUAUGGAACAGUAUUCUAUCAAGUUCAUCAUUCUUCAAUCCGUACUGUACUUGCAUCGUCCUUGGUUUGUAAGAGCCGUUACGCGUACCGAGGAAAGAAAUCAAUACGCUACGUCUUUGUCUCUUUGUACUUCUGUUUCUCAUGAUCUCAUCCACGUUCUUUAUUCUUUGAUGUGCUUAGUUCCCGUUGAACCUCUUCGUUGGUGGGUAUUCCGCUUUCACUCUCUGAACGCUGGCAUCAUUCAAGGAGCUUAUGCUUUAAGUUUUCCAAAAACAAGCUAUGCAAUGACGGCCUAUAAUGAUUUACGAUAUAUGUGCAAAAUAUUCGAACACCUUAGAGAUGGGUUUUCUUUUUCCAACAAAGAUUUUGCGUUUUUAAUUAGCCUGAAAGAUAAAGUUUUUGAACGUUUCCAAUUAACCAGCCAGGGAAUUGAUGAUGAAUUCCUUGUGGAGGAAAUUCCUUUUCUUCAGUUCAAUGUUCCAUCGUCCAGAUCAAACAGUCGAUCUCCGGAUGAUGCUACAGAAAAUGCAGAACAGUUACGGCAAUUGAAUGGACUUGGAAUUUCAAUGGAUCAAAGUACCGUGGCACAGUCUGAACACUUGCCAUAUUACGAACAAGAAAACCCUCUUCUGUUUGAUUCUUUAUCUUGGCAUGUACCAAAGAACGAUUUUGAGCUUUACAAUCAUCCAGAAACCGGAUUAUGGGAUGCCAGUAACGGGACAACGUCAGAAAACGAGAAGCCUUUCAGUCCCAACCUUAGCAUGAAUCUGGAGCAGUUUUUAUAG